AUGCCUGAAUCCGUCAACACGACCGCAACUGAGAAGAGAUCUCAGCCAUGGCAGGCAAUGCAGGAAGUCCAAAACCUGUUCAAGCCGGAGAUGCCUGCCGCUCGUGAUGCCAACGCUGAUCCUGCUGCCGACACCGAGUCCGACAAGACUGAAGACGAGCCCUUGAAGCUCAAUUUGCUCAGAGCCCAAUUCAAUUCCGCAAGAUCCAACAUUGCGAAUGUGGAGGAGCAACACUAA